AAUAAACGAAUAAAUGUAAAUAGAUUUUUUCGAAAUUGAUUCUGUUAAAAUUAAUUUCCUUUUGUAUCAUUUGAAAUAUAGAAUGAUGAGACUUAAAUAUAUCAUUUCAAGCACUAGAAACUCGACUUUGCAGGCCUGUCAGUUAAAAAUGAACUAUUUCGUGCGCGCAAGAUUUACAAUACGAAGAUUUAUUAUCGACCCUGAAACUGAUUCCUGCAGUUUAGCACGAACGGUACCGGUAAACACGAAUAGCUCCUCAGUCCUUCCUUAUCGAUACCUUAUCUACUUAGAAGUAUUUAGAAAAUUGCCAUUUACUUAAAAGGAUAAUACGCACAGCGUGUACUUCACCCUCACGUACAAUUCACUCAAGAUCCGCAAAGCAUCGCUACCAUUCACCGCCUGCCAAUCAAGAUUCGAACUUCCGUGCAGGAUGAGUCAAAUUCAAAGAUCGGGAACAACGAGAUAUCCCAGCCUCAACCGCCGCCCUCGACGCCGAUCAAAACGCAUGGCAUUGUGUCACCCUCGUCUGUCGUGACACCCCAAGCCGUUAGAAGCGGAUUGGCUAGAUCUCCGGAAGCCACGACGCCCAGAGGGCAACUCAUGCAGGAAACGGGGGGUCCAACCCUCGCAAACGGACGUGCAUCUAAAAUACCUUCGCCAGACGUAACGAAUAGCAAAGGCAUGCCGAAGAGUCAAUCACCAGGAAGGUCACCAACUUCUCCGCGUCCACCUAGCAGCUUACGCGUUAGAUCCGCCAGCGAUAAGUCUUCGCCUGAGACACCUAGAAAAACGUCACCCGGUACACCUAAUAGAGUAUCCCCCCGCACACCGAGGAAAACUCCAUCCCCCAAGGAGCUGCGUCUUCCGAAGCUCACGUCUUCGCCAAUAUCGCAAGAAGCAAAUCCAGCGAUUGCCGAAACUCAUCAGAAAAUCACUUUACCAAAAUUGAUCGAGCAUCCAUCGUCGCAAUCCGCCCGAAUGGCAUACUAGAUCGAGCUAUCGAAUCAAAAAUAUGAUGGGCUUUCUAGCACUUUAGUACAGAAUAUCACAGACUCCUCGCAUUUGCGACUGAUUUCAAACUGAGCUUUUCUCGAUAAACAAAUUUGAUUAAUUAAAACUUAAUUCAUAAUCUCAUAUAAAUAAAAACUAUUAAAUUAAUUUUUAAGCAUUGUGUAUGAAAGGAACCACGAGAUCUGGAGCAUUCUGUUCAUUUUAUAAAAAUAAGAAUGCAAAUUUAAUUAAUAACUUAGAAAAAAUAACGAUAGAAAAGUCAACAAACUACACUUGUUAAAGCAGUUAUCUUUUUAUUAACUAUAAUUCUAAGUAAAGAUAAACUUUUUUAUUUUAGGACUAAUUUCAAUCGAAUUGGAUCGUAAAUAAAAUAAUAAUUCGAGAAAUGGAACGAGGACUUGUAUCCGCAAGUCCUAUUUUUCCAAUUAAUUCACGUUUCCAAUUCUGUAAUUUCCGUAUGUGGAAGAUUAAUGGAUAUGGGAAACGUAUUCAAAUAUAAAUUAUUUAACGAUAUUAUUUUUAUGUUAUAAAUGAUUAUAUUUACUUUAUUAUUCUUAGAUCACAAAAGAAACUGACUGAAAUUCUAUUAUUUUUCAGUAUAUAUUUGGACCUUAUAAGUCACAUAUUUUUUAAAAGACAUUUUCAAUAACUUGAUUAUAAAUUAAUAAUUUAUCUUUUAAAACCACAAUUUGGGAAACUAUACCUAAAUAAAAAGCUAUAUGCAAUAUAUAAUUAUUGAGAAAUAUAAUUAAACUCCAUCCGUCAUUGUGCAAUGAAUGGGAAAUGAAUGGGAUAAAAAGGAUAUGAAAGACAAAUGAUAUCGACAAAUCAAAAAUUAAUA